GAAAACGACAGAAAAAAAAUGCAAAUGGCGUACGACGGAGGGCUGUAGUGAAUUUUUCUUCGUCACCCGUUUCUCGUGCUUUACGACAGUUUACGUGAUGUUUUGGCGGUGCAUUUGUGCGCGAAACUAAAGUACAAUCGAUGACGCAGCGGAGCACACUGGAGUACGCCGAUUUGGAUGCGGUUCCGUGCCGAAAUUCGUUAGUGCAUCUUUUUUCCCUACGAUUGCACCGCGGUAGUGUAGCUGCUGCUGCUGCUGGUGCUGUUGCAGCCAGCGCGAAGCUGGUGAGCAGCUCGCGAGCUGAAGGUGCGUCGUCGCAUCAAAACAAUCCGUGACGCGUGUGACCCGUGAUCGUUGGCGGUGGUAGUGGUGGUGUUGUUGGCGGUUGUUGGCUGCGCAGUAAACAGAUGCUCGGGUUGGUGGGGGGAAAAUUGCAGUCAUUUCCAACAGCUUGAAGCAAAGUGCGUGCAAAGCUAGUGCCAUAUCGAACGCCAGCACGGGUACGGAUUCAGGUGGGCUGACACGGUGUCAACGACGGUUAACGGUGGGCGCACACAUUUUCGCGGGUUUUUUCAUUCAUCGGGCACGCAACGACCACGACCACGACGAUAAGGGCCUACUGUUUCACGACUACCACAUUAGAGAGAAAAAACAAUCGCAGUAAGCAGAACAAAAAACGCGCGGUUUUGCCGAUCUCCCAAUACAAACAAGACAAAAAAAGCUCCAUCAUGAAUGACGUGGGAAUGAACAGCAAAACAGAGAACAUACUUCCAGCGGCGCCAUCCGCCUGGGACCAAUUGACGAAUCCUUCGCUGGCCGAACAACAUCAGACGCAACAGCAGCAGCAGCAGCACCAGCAGCAUCCACACCAGGCCCAGUCCCCUCAAAUGCAGGCCUCCAGCCCCACCACAGUCAGUGCGCCACUGCUAACUCCCACGAAAACGACACCGCCUGACGUAGCGCACACACCUUCAGGCGCUGCGCCCGGAGCUGUCCCCGGUGCGGUAGGGACAAACUUUAAUGAAGAACUUUCCCCCGAGCUUACGCAGCAAGGCUGGCGCAAAUUUUGGUCCAAACGAGAAGGGCGACCUUACUUCUGGAACAAGCUGACCGGUGAAUCGCUCUGGGAACACCCGGUACUCAACCGUGGCCCGCAACAGUUCGAUCCGCUAACGGACCCGCUCGGCAUCUGUAGCAACGGGCCGCUGCCUCAUCCGCACAACAACUACAACAAUUCUCACGCAUCGCCUCACAACCAUACGUUGAAACGACGUGCCUCGGAGGAUACGCAGCAUUCCGGUCAUAUGCCGCCCGUCGGCAGCGGCGGAGGAACGAGUGGUGGGCCACCGCCGCUAAAAAAGUACGUCCUGCCGGGACCGUGGGAUCUCGAGGUAGCUACGAACGUGCUCAUUUACGAACGUUUACCCACAACCUUUCCGCAACCGUACCCCGAGGUGGAAGCGUUCCGUGGUUCGUUGACGCUGCGACUGGCCAAAACGUACGAGGAUCUGUGCAAUAAGCGGGAAUCGAUCGCACCGCCGAAAGAUUCCUUCCAGCGGUGGCUCAUGGAGCGGAGGAUCAUCGAUCAGGGCGUCGAUCCGCUGCUGCCAAGCCAGUGCUCCCCGGAAAUCUCACCCCAGAUGUACCGCGAGAUUUUGCGCGAUAUUCCGAUCAAGAUCGUCAAGCCGAAAUUUACCGGCGACGCCCGGAAGCAGCUUUCGCGGUACUGUGACGCAGCGAAAAAGAUCGUCGAACGGCGGGGUGCGAGUGAGGAGAGUAAAAAAAUCGUCAAAUGGAACGCGGACGAAGCGUACGAGUGGCUGCGGCGAACGGUGGGCGCUAGCUACGAAGACUUCCAGGACCGGCUUGCACAUCUGCAGCGCCAGUGCGAACCGCACAUCAUCGCAACGGUGCGCGUUAGUGUGGAGCAGCUGUGCACGAAGCUGUACCACCUGUCGGUACAGCACUCGCGAAACAUUCGCGAACGACACGCACAGAUCCUGAAGGAGCAUGGCAUCCCGGAACUGACGGCACCGCUACAACCGCCCGCAACCCGCAAGGUGUGGUGCUAUCCGGUACAGUUCGCACUGCCUUCGCCGCGUAUGCCACAGAUCGAUUACAUCAACGACCGCGACCACAUGGUAAUCAAGUACACGAACUCGGCCGUAAUGGCGGCGCCCGACACGCACGUGGUGAACAUAUCUCACCUGCAGAAGCUGGAACAGCUGUACCGGUACAACUGUUUCGAUGAUAAAAAGUUCGAUUUCUUCAUCGGCCGUGCGUACUGUAUGCUGAAGCGAUACGCCACCUUCCUCGGGAACAAUGCCAAUCCGAACCAGCAGGAACCGGAGCUAACGCAAGCCUCCCUACCGGCGGUUGUGUUUGAGUGUUUGCACCAUCACUUUAACGUGACGUUCGAAUGCUUCGCCAGCCCGCUCAACUGCUACUUUCGCCAGUACUGCUCCGCGUUCGGUGAUACGGAUUCGUUUUUUGGGUCGCGUGGUUCGUUUCUGGACUUUAAGCCGGUGGCGGGAUCGUUCCAGGUGAAUCCUCCGUACUGUGAGGAACUGAUCGAUGCCAGCUUGCAGCAUAUCGACCGCCUGCUAACUGAUUCUGCCGAUGCGUUAAGCUUCAUCGUGUUUCUCCAGGAAUGGAAGGAUCCACCGUUGAAAUGUUUGUCAAAGAUCGAGGAUAGCCCGUACAAGCGCAAACAGGUGGUCGUGAUGGGUAUGGAGCACGAGUACCGUCACGGGCUGCAGCAUUGUAUACCAAAAUCGGAGGUGAACUUUAAGAGCAUCGUCGGUACGAUGGUGGUGUGGUUACAGAAUACUGCCGGGUACGCACGAUGGGCCCCGACCGAGGCGCGUGUCGACGCACUGCUGGAAGCAUUCCGUCCUGGUCGGGAGCGUGAUCGGGACAAGGCGUCCGCUACCACCGUACCUGUACAGCCGAGCUGUUCCGCCAGCGCGAGUUCGCCCGAUGUGGCGACGGCCGGUAACAACAGUGCGCCGGGCGAAAUCUCAGCCACCGGUCCGGGGAAACCGGCGACGCCAGCCACUGUUUAAACAAGGGUGCUAAAAACAACUGUUGUGCGUAGGGUAAACAGGACGCAUCAGCUUCAGGGUGAUGCACGUUCGUGCACCAAUCGGCAGCAUACACAUUUACGAACAAGUUUCCGUUCUUCUUUUAAAGAAUCCACCACAGCCUAGAGACACAUUAGUCACUGCGGUACCCGUGCUAAGGGGCCGGCUCUCACAAAUGCUUCCGUUUUAGCUUGUAGCGCAACUGCAACACAGACCAAUAUUUGAACUUCACAACAAUCAGAACAUAAGCAAAUGCACAUUUAAACUGUGGACCUUUCACGGAAUGCCUAUAGAUAGUGAGGGAGAGAGAGAGAGAGAGAGCGCGCGCGCAGUUUGAUGUGUCCUGUUUAUUAUCAUUAAUCUUACUAUUGCUUUGUUUGGAUCCUACGUCGAUCGAGCAGGGUUCGGGCGAGAGGAUAACAAUAUCGCAAAGUAAACCAAUCACACGUGUCCGUACGAAAAACGAAAACCUUUUUUUCUAGAACAUAAAAUCAAGUAGAGCAGCAACUAUUUGCGGUUGUAGGGAACAUUGGGUAGGAUUUGUUAUCCGUACUCUCUUAGGCACCGGCAGAAUUAUAACCCAGAUCUCUAUAUUGCCUCUACUCUCCGGACAGCAGGUAGACAGAUGGUGUCACGUUUUGGGGCAAAGCUCCAAAUCGGGCCAUACAUUCAAGCGAAGGCUCGUAGCUCUAAGUGUACAGUGCAAAGUAUAUUAUCUUAAAUUAAUUGUCCGUGCGUACGAUUCAUUGGUAAAUUGCAUAAGGCAAUGUGGUUAAUACAGCAAACAAAAAUACCUGAGUGCACAGGGAAAACGAGAACCAACACACACAGAGAGAAAGAGUGCGAGGAGAAGAGAAUACAAAACAGUCAAUGUAAAUGAUGUUGUUUAAGACAGUUUAUCUUAUUUACGGGCGAGCAGCAGCGUGUAUGAGCACCGAUCUUCAAUUGGCUCGAUCCCCGUUUUUCGUUAGCCAGCGUCUCGUGGCACAGAAGGGAAAACUCCCCUUCGCAAGCUAUCGAUUCGGCAGUUAAGUGGUAGAAAAAUGUAGCAUCCGAUAGAAACAGUUACAGGCAUAUAUAUUUAUUACAGUACGUUCGUUCGUUCGUUCGAUUGAUGCUUAGUUGUUUCUUAUGGUAUAAGACGUUCAAAGGCGAAACACACGUGUUGCGUGUAAUGUGUACGUAAUAACUAGACCUUACAUCUUAGUGUUUCGGAUACGGGACAGAAGGAGUAAUCAGACAGAUCAGAUCAGUGCUAAGCUGUGUAACGGUGGCAAUUUUAUGUUUUAAUAUUAGCAAUAAGAUUUAAAGCACAGUGCAUGUGAGAUUACAGUCUAGCUCUUAUCAAAACCUUCCCUUCGCGGCCUGGUUCUCUAGCGUGUAGAGCAUUACUUCCAACCAUUGCGUUUUUUUUUAUAUCGUCGGUAACAAAAUGGGCAGCGAUGAGGCAGAUGCUGUGUGAGUGUAUGGUAGGGGUAAGCGGGUUUUUAAGGCGAGCGGAUCGAAAGUCUCUGAUCAUCAGUAAAUUCUAUGUUGUGUCUCAUAUAGUAGUGGACGAAAAAAGGUACAUUUUGUUAUUGAAAUAGUUUAAACAUUUAAAUAGUACAUCGUUUAUUCGGGUAAGGCUAAGAAGAGAGAGAGAGAGAGAGAGAGAGAGAGAGAGAGAGAGAAGGAUAUCAAUAUCAGAAAAAGAAGCACCUUUUAGCUAACAUCAAUCUUGCUGGUGGGGUAUGUACAUCAACAACCACAAAACCCAAACGUCGACCAAGGGCGUUGUUUUUAUUCGCGCGCCCGUCAAUCUGUUCAAUGAAACAAUGUACAAAUGCGAACUGCACCCUUUCUUCUCUGAGUAAAACCCCGUCGAAACCCCAUACAAAACACAACCGUGUCGUCCUUACUUGAGGCGACAGGAAGAAAGACCACAUGGCGUAAUAAGCUAAUUACUAUAAAUACAACCAGUUUUUAGAUCGAGCCACAAUGUUACAGGAUUGAACCAAUAAACAAAACAAAACUAUUUGAA